GAAGUAUGUUCUCCACCUCGCAUACUUUUUGGGCGCCCACGGGGUCAUGCCUGAUUUAACGUAGCUAAUCAGUCAAUGAAUCGUGGCAAUGGCAGAUAAUUUUAAAAGAUCUACAACGUUCACAAAUAACUUACGUAACAGUACUAUUAUAACAUCGUUUUCAAGAGUGCACAAUUUAGCGUUGCUCGAUCAACGAACCGUGACCUUGGCAAAUUAAUUUAGCUUAGCUGUCGCCCGUUCUUAAAUGUUAUGGUUCAAGGGCGUAGAGCGUCAUUUGUUUGUCAGACAAAAUAGCUUAGGACCAUAGCUGUUGGUUCGCGAGCGGAGUGAAGAGCUCGAGGGGAGACACUAGGCGUUGCCUCGGAAAUCGGCUACCGAUAUGCCACUCGCGCUAAUUUAAAAGAACUGCGACGCUCAUAGUCAUUCUUUACGAACCAUUUGGUGAAUCCGGUGGUCCAUCUUACCGAUUCACAUUCUCCGGGAAUAACAAUUAAAAAAUCGACUUGUGAAUUGUGCAUCCGAUUAAAUAAUUGUAUCCCGCGACAAUAAUACGCAUUAUCAUCGCUCGACGAUAGCUUCAUCUCUGGCGAGAGUGAAUUUCAACGAUCUUCGCGCAGUUGACGCUAGCUGACGAAACCUCUGUCCGUAAACGGUGAUCGCCGUUCGAUCGAUCUGUGUCUGACAAAGUGGCAAACAAUGGCACUUAUAACGGUUUACUGGAGUUUGGACGUCAUAAUAAUUUUUCUAACUCUCAUGGCAACUGCUUACCUUUAUAUGACGCGCAAUUUCAAAUACUGGAAAAAACGGGGUAUUUUGGAAAUGACACCGACGCCUUUCUUCGGCAAUUUCAAGGAGUGUUUAUUUCUGAAGAAAGCACCGGCGUAUUUCCUAAAGGAUAUUUACGAUGAAACGAAGGGCGUACCGUACGCGGGUUUCUACGUAUUGGACAAACCCUUCCUGCUGGUUCGCGAUCGAGAACUCAUCAAGAAAAUUUUAGUGAAAGAUUUCAACUGCUUCUCGGAUCGAUACAAUUCGGCGGAUCCUGCGGAUCGCAUAGGGUACGCGAAUCUUCUUUUUAUCAGAAAUCCAGCCUGGAAGACGAUAAGAACGAAACUAACGCCGUUCUUUACGUCUGGUAAAAUGAAGAAGAUGUUCAACUUGAUGUUAAUAUGCGUAAAGAAUUUAGAUGAAUAUCUCAAUUCACUACAGUUAGAGGGUGAGGGAAAGACAAUAGAAGUAAAAGAUUUAAGUGCCAAAUUUACCACGGAUAUAAUCGGCGGUACCGCUUACGGGCUCGACGUGAAUUCAUUCAAAAAUCCAGACGCAGAGUUCCGCAAAUAUGGCAAGAUGAUGUUUCAGUUUAAUUUGAUUCGCGGCUUGGAGAUGCUCGCGAUAUUUUUUCUUCCAACUGUAACUCGUUUGGCACAUUUAAAGAUGUUCGGCAAACAGCCCACGGAGUUCCUGCGAAAAGUCUUUUGGGAGACGCUCACUCAGCGCAUGAAAUCUGGCAUAAAGAGAAACGAUCUUAUCGACAUCCUUAUUGAACUUAAAAAUAGCAAUAAUAAGGAUCUACAAGAUUUCACGUUUGAUGGCGAUGAUCUUCUGGCACAACCAGUUAGUUUCUUUGCAGCUGGUUUUGAAACCUCUUCAACAACUACGGCCUUCGCAUUAUAUCAACUCGCGGUGGAACCUGAAAUUCAGAAUACUCUGCGAAAAGAAAUUCUCGAGGCACUUGAUGAAACCAAUGGAGAAAUUACAUACGACAUGACAUCGUCGUUACCGUAUCUCGAUAUGGUGGUCUCAGAAACUUUGAGAAUGUAUCCACCAUUGGGUUAUAUAAAUCGUAUGACUAAUCAGACUUAUGAAGCGCCAGAAUUUAAUCUCGUAAUUGAGAAAGGUACACCAAUUUAUAUCUCGAUGCUUGGCCUGCAUUACGAUCCGGAAUAUUUUCCCAAUCCGAAUAAAUUCGAUCCGGAACGAUUUAAUGAAGAAAAUAAACGUAGCAGACCGGCAUGCGUUUAUUUCCCAUUUGGAGAAGGCCCACAUGCGUGUAUAGGCAUCCGCUUCGGGCUUUUGCAAACAAAGCUAACGUUGCUUCAGAUCUUAAGCAAAUACGAGGUGACACCGUGUGAAGAAACUAUGGUACCAAUGACAAUUGAUCCGAGAGCAGUCUUGACGGUGCCCUUAAACGGUGUAAUCCAUCUUAAUUUCCGAGAAAUUAAUACUUGUGCUUAAAAUUUAUUAAGACAAAAUAUUUACUUUAAAUCAUAAAGAAUGUCCAAUUAAAUUUAAUUUUAUCUAAGUACUGAAUCAAUAUUUUAAUUAAAAAAAUAAUAAUAUACGACUAAACGUUUUAAUUAAAACAAUUAUAUGAUUGAAUGUAAAAAUUAAUAACAAUAAAUAUAUUGUGCCAAA